GUCACUAGCCGGCGCUCACUCCGCAGAGGAAGCAGCGUGUUUACGUUUGAAAUAAAUGAACUUUAUUGACUUUAUUAAUUGUUUUAUGUGUUUUAUUUAACCUCGGUGUCGCCUCACACACGCAGAGCAGCUAGCACCGCGUUAGCUCCUUAGGCUAGGCUAGGCUAGUUAGCUGUGUGGCUAACACCGCAGCUAAGCUAGCAGGAUGGAUCUCUUUGACGACCUGCCGGAACCCACACAGACCGGUCCGGUUUCAGCAGCGAUCACAGCCCGACCACAGGCCACCACAGAAGAAGAAGAGGAGGAUAAGAAAAGAUUAAAACGGAGAAGAGAAGAUGCACACGCUGAUACUAAAGAGGAGGGGGAGGUCAAGAAAGUUUGUAAAGAAGGCCUCCCCGUGCUGAAAGGCUACGUGGCGGCGAGGCGUGGCGAGCGGGAGGAGAUGCAGGACGCUCACGUUCUGCUGCCGGACAUGAGCGGCUAUCUGUCCGCCCUGCCAGAACAAGUGUCUCGUGUUUCCUUCUUCGCCGUGUUCGACGGUCACGGAGGAGCUCGGGCCUCCCGAUUCGCUGCGGAGCAUCUCCACCUCAUUCUGGCCAAGAAGUUCCCCGGUGGAAAAACUGGGAAUGUGGACAUGCUGAUUAAGAGAUGUCUCCUGGACACUUUCCGGCAGACGGAUGAAGACUUCCUGAGGACAGCGUCCAGCCAGAAGCCGGCGUGGAAAGACGGCUCCACGGCCACAUGUGUGCUGGUGGUGGACGACAUGGUGUACGUGGCCAACCUGGGAGACAGCAGGGCGGUGUUGUGUCGGAUGGAGGCGACGGCCGGAGCAGACGGACAGAGGAGGUCGUUGACUCUGCCUCUCAGCACAGAACACAACCCCACCAUCUACGAGGAGAGGAUGAGGAUCCAGAGGAAAGGAGGCACCGUCAGGGACGGCAGGGUGCUCGGUGUCCUCGAGGUGUCCCGGUCUAUCGGAGACGGUCAGUACAAACGCUGUGGAGUCAUUUCAUCCCCCGACAUGAAGCGCUGUCAGCUCACAGCCAAUGACAGGUUCAUCAUCCUGGCCUGUGACGGUGUGUUCAAAGUGUUUUCUGCUGAGGAAGCCGUUAAAUUCGUCCUCAACAUCCUGCAGGAGGGGACUGUGGAGCAGAGGCCGGGGCUGACGGAGGAGGAGGUGAGGUUUGAAGCUGCUUGCCAACAGUUAGCCAGUGAGGCGGUGAAGCGGGGCUGUGCCGACAACGUCACUGUGAUCCUGCUCUCUGUUGGAUUCUAAACACACACACAUCAACACUUACACACAUGGUGGACCCUGACACACACACACGCACACACACACACACACACACACACACACACACACACA